GUCCGGUUCUGUGCUCGCAGUAAUCAGAUCUGUGGGUGGUUCUUCCUCUUCUCCGGCUAUUGCUUCAGUCAUACUUUCACAAAAAUCCCUAACAUUGAUGCCAACACGUUUAUUUACGCCAUCUCUCUUUUAAUAAAUAGUUUUAUAUUGAAAAGUUAAAGAUGGAUUUUAACGUGAAAAGACUGGCAGCAGACGCUGGUACUUUAUUCAGUCGGGCGGUGCAAUUCACAGAAGAAAAAUUUGGCCAGGCUGAGAAGACCGAGUUGGAUGCGCAUUUGGAGAAUCUCCUCACCAGAGCUGAAUGCACUAAACACUGGACAGAGAAGAUUUUGAAGCAGACAGAAGUGUUACUGCAACCAAACCCAAAUGUCAGAAUAGAAGAAUUCUUUUAUGAAAAACUAGACAAGAAGGCCCCAACACGGAUGAACAACCAUGAGCUUCUCGGUCAAUCCAUGAUCGACUCUGGGACUGAAUUUGGGCCUGGAACAGCCUACGGAAACGCUUUGAUAAAGUGCGGCGAGACGGAGAAGCAGAUCGGAGGAGCGGAGCGAGAGUUCAUCCAGAGCUCUGCCAUCAACUUCCUCACGCCUUUCCGCAACUUUCUAGAAGGAGACUUCAAGACUAUAUUGAAAGAGCGUAAACUGCUUCAGACCAAAAGACUGGACCUUGAUGCUGCAAAGACCAAGCUAAAGAAAGCCAAAAUGGCUGAUGCCAGAGCUUUGCCUCUCAGAUCUACCACUCCACCAGGGGACGCUGGCUAUGUUGCCAAUGUCUCCUUCAUGGUGAAUUUUCUCCAUGUGAAGUGGCUGAAGAUGUGGGCAGAGGAAGUGACGAAGGCCGAGCAGGAUCUGAAGAUGACACAGAGUGAGUUUGACAGACAGGCAGAAAUCACCAGGCUUCUUCUGGAAGGAAUCAGCAGUACACAUGCCCAUCAUCUCCGCUGUCUAAAUGACUUUGUGGAGGCUCAGAUGACGUAUUACGCCCAGUGUUACCAGUACAUGGUCGACCUCCAAAAGCAGUUGGGAAACUUCCCUUCGGCUUUCUCUUCCAACAACAACCAGUCAACGGCCAGCGGCGGUGCCAGUGUCUCCGUACCCAUCCUGCCACUAUCAGCCCCUCUUCCUUCCACCAAAGGCAGUGUGUCUUCAGGUUUCACCGAGCUUCAAAACUUCAGCGGGAGCCGUAAAGCGCGAGUGCUGUACGAUUACGACGCCGCGGGCAGCAACGAGCUCUCCUUAUUGGCCGAUGAGGUGAUCAUGGUGAGCAGCGUCCCAGGCAUGGACUCUGAUUGGCUGAUGGGGGAACGUGGGACUCAGAAGGGAAAAGUGCCUAUUACCUACUUGGAGCUGCUAAAUUAAAAGAAAACAAUUGUUGUUGGAACCAAAACAGUGUAAUCCAGCUGUGCUGUGUACCGUAUAUGCAAACUUGACGUCUUUUGCUGCUCACAUGCAACAGUAUUUAAUUGGAUGUGACAUCUUGCAGUCCCAGUAUGGGACGAGGUUCUAACCGGAAGACUGUUUACAAAUUAAUUAAUACAGAUUUUUUUUUUUUUUUUUUUUUAAAUGCUUUUGAUGUGACAUGAUUACUGCCAACAUGCCUUGUUAUACAAAAACUGCAAGAGUGAGUAUUUACAUGCGUUUACAACAAGAAAGUAUUAAGACUGAUUGUCAUUUUUAUGAAUUUUAAAGUGGCUUCCAUUAUGUACAUGAACUCAUAUUAGGUUCUAGAACUUUUCAAAGCAAUUCCUGUAGAGGUGGAGUGAAUGUGAAUAUGCCAUAAUUUAUUUUCAGGGUUAUACAGCCCCAUCGUAGCUGACAUGUGCUUCAACUAUUAUCUUCUGCGGUUUACAUUUCUCUUUAUUGCGUUAAGUUUGAGCACACAAAGAAAAUGCUUUAUUUGCACGCAGACAGCCUUUCCUGUUAUGUAUUAUGAAACCGUGUCCUUUUUGUAUACAUGCCGUUUUUAAAAAGCGCAUGGUAAGGAUACACCCAGUUUUAUGAUCCAUCUAUUCAUUUCAUGAUAAAAACAAAAUCUCUUUACUGAUAACUGUACUUUUUUAUACCCAUGUGCCUUACAUUCAUCUUGUUUUUAAAUUGUUUAAAGCAACAAAAAAAAAAAAGAUGAGUGCUAAUUUUACACGUUUAUGCCACCCUAUCUAAGAAAAAAAAGCACAAUUUUUUUUGUUACAUUUAUAAUUACAAAAGCACAGGUUAUCUAACUGCUUACUACCAUAGAUUUAUAAACAAUGUUUUCAUUACAUAAUAAACAAAAUGUGUAGACUUCUUA